UGGUGCAAUGUGGCUGUGCGCGCUCCUGCGCUCAGAGGACACAUGAGAGAGCUGAGCAGAGUCGGACCAACCUGGACCAAAGUGAGUGUUGAAGUCAGUCUACCUCCCACAGUGACCAUGAGAGUCCUCCUACUCAUCUGCAUGCCAGUUCUGCUGCUCGCCCAGGGUCAGUACGAGGAGCCGUUUCCAUUGCUGGAUUAUGUGCCAGAUUAUUUUCCAGAGAGUCCAGAUACUGAACUACCCGACUCUCUUCCUGGAACCUUCCAGCAGCAGGUUAGACUUCACCCGGUGGUCCGUCCAGAAAAAACAGGAUCUGAUGUGGAGACGGAGCCCACAGAGCCCGGCCCUCUUGAUUGCAGAGAGGAGCAGUAUCCCUGCACCAGACUCUACUCGGUCCACAAGCCGUGCAAGCAGUGCCUCAACAGUCUCUGCUUCUACAGUUUGCGACGGGUCUACGUCAUCAACAGGGAGGUGUGCGUGAGGACCGUGUGCGCACACGAGGAGCUGCUCAGAGCGGACCUGUGCCGUGACCAGUUCUCUCGCUGUGGCGUGGCAGCGCUGAGCGGACAGUGUGCGUCACUAGGAGGGAGCUGUGGGAAAAGCUGCGGCGGCUGCUGAUCCAGAUCAGGGACACAACCUGCCCACGUACUGCCGCCGCUUCCUCAACCUGUCCACAUCCUCCUCGUCCUCCCUCCGCUUCCUCCUCUUCCUCCUGACUCUUCUACCGCAACUCAUUACUCUUGUGUUAGGUUAGGCUCAACUCCUCCUCCUCCUCCUCCUCCUCCUCCCGCUCAGUAGAUCCCGUGUAUGGUUAAAUAUAACUUUGAUGAUUGUAUGAAUCACUGGUGCUAUAAACACAUCACACUGGUGCUAUAAAGAAUUAACCUUUAGAGACGCACAUAAAACUGCAAAAAUGUAGUGUUGUUUUGUUUGUAUCACAUUAAUCUCUCUAAUGCUUUGUUUGACACACGUUACUGUACUUUGUGUUGAGACGCAGUCGUUGUCACGAUGAUCUGUGCACUGACAUCGGGCAAAACUAAUUGGUAUCUGGGGGCCGUCGGCAGUCUCACUGUAGAAGACCGUGAGACGGGAGAGGAGGCAGACAGGUGGUGAGUGACCUCAGUUUUUGUGGAUCUGUGCUUAGCAACCAAAGCUGCGAGCGCACGCCGGUGCAUCCCCUUCCAACCCCCCCACCGAGGCAACGCGUGCCCUGAAAAGGCACCUCACGAGCCGCCUCUGUACUACUGCUUUGUAAAACUGUCACUAUAAAGACUGAGAAAAAAAAUAAAACCUUUUUUUUUAA